CAGCAACACCGCCAACUUUUCGCUCAUACUAACCACAGAGCAAAAUCCGUCAAAAUGGUGAGUGAUAUCUUUGCUGCUGGGAAUAUUGCGAAGGACACGACAUGUGCGACGAGCGACGAGCAAGCGAAUUCACGAAUCGAUGACGAUGGCGAGGCGAAACCUCCGACCCCACGACAUUGUACCGACGAUACCUUAUCAGAACGGGACACGGCGGGCGACAUCUGAUGCUAAGACGGCUGGGCUGGACAAUGUCUCUUGUUGCUGGUGUAAGGGAGACGCGAGGGCCUUGGAGUAGAAGGGCGGCGACUCCACCAGCAAACCAUCAUGCGCUCAUAUAUCUUACGUCGCACUACGAAACAUCCGCAAAGGCGCAGGAUUGCGCUCGUAUAAUUCAUGGCGGCAUUGUCUUUCCAGGACUUACAACAUCGCAUCCUCGCGUUACCGAUUCUUCGCCAUCGUCUUUUUCGCUCGCUCGUCCCGCAUUCGUCGCUAGCAAAGGAAACGGGGAGCUUCAAGGCAUUGAUCACGGACGCUGACUUCCACCCCCAGGUCAACGUUCCCAAGACCCGCCGAACCUACUGCAAGGGCAAGGACUGCAAGAAGCACACCCAGCACAAGGUCACCCAGUACAAGGCUGGCAAGGCUUCGCUGUUCGCGCAGGGUAAGCGUCGUUAUGACCGCAAGCAAUCCGGUUACGGAGGUCAGACCAAGCCCGUCUUCCACAAGAGGGCGAAGACCACCAAGAAGGUCGUUCUCCGUCUAGAGUGCACACAGUGCAAGACCAAGGCACAGCUCGCCCUCAAGCGAUGCAAGCACUUCGAGCUUGGUGGUGACAAGAAGACCAAGGGUGCCGCUCUCGUCUUCUAAGCGUGCAUCUUCUUUCUCUCUCUUUUGCUGGGCUCUCGGCGUAGUCUUCGGGCGGAUGGAAUGGAACGGCUCUACCUUCGACUCAAGCAAUGCAUCAAACCAUCAGUGCGAUAAAGAAAUGAAGGCGUGUGAGGCGGUGGAAGAUUUGGCGACAAAAGGUCACCAGCCACGAAUUUACGGACUGUAACCUACAUAUGCAUCAAAUGGAGCUCGAUUGAA